AGCAAGAGGCCCUCAGCCCUCUGCCCUCCUCAGAGAGUCCUAGUAGGUGGCUGGUUUUGGGGAGCCCUUCCUCCGUGGCAGCCCCCUCUGUUUUCCCUGCCGUCCAGUAGAAGCAGAUAACCAGCCAGGAUGCCGCGGAACCAAGGCUUCUCCGACCCAGAGUACUCAGCCGAGUACUCAGCCGAGUACUCGGUCAGUCUGCCCUCGGACCCAGACCGUGGGGUGGGCCGGACCCAUGAGAUCUCCGUCCGGAACUCGGGGUCCUGUCUGUGCCUGCCUCGCUUCAUGCGCCUGACCUUUGUGCCCGAAUCCUUGGAGAACCUCUACCAGACCUACUUCAAGAGGCAGCGCCACGAGACCCUGCUGGUGCUGGUGGUCUUCGCAGCCCUCUUUGACUGCUACGUGGUGGUCAUGUGCGCUGUGGUUUUCUCCAGCGACAAGCUGGCUCCCCUCCUGGUGGCCGGAAUCGGGCUGGUGUUGGACAUCAUCCUCUUUGUCCUCUGCAAAAAAGGGCUGCUCCCUGACCGCAUCAGCCGGAAAGUGGUACCCUAUCUGCUGUGGCUGCUCAUCACAACUCAGAUCUUCUCCUACCUGGGCCUGAAUUUCUCCCGUGCCCAUGCGGCGAGUGACACCGUGGGCUGGCAGGCCUUCUUCAUCUUCUCCUUCUUCAUCACCCUCCCCCUCAGCCUCAGCCCCAUCGUCAUCAUCUCCGUGGUCUCCUGUGUGGUACACACGCUUGUCCUGGGGAUCACCGUGGCCCAGCAGCAGCAGGAGGAGCUGCAGGGGAUGCAACUGCUAAGGGAGAUCCUGGCCAAUGUCUUCCUCUACCUGUGCGCCAUCAUCGUGGGCAUCAUGUCUUACUACAUGGCUGACCGCAAGCACCGCAAGGCCUUCUUAGAAGCCCGCCAGUCGCUGGAGGUGAAGAUGAACCUGGAAGAGCAGAGCCAGCAGCAGGAGAACCUCAUGCUUUCAAUCCUGCCCAAGCACGUGGCCGAUGAGAUGUUGAAGGACAUGAAGAAGGACGAGAGCCAGAAGGACCAGCAGCAGUUCAACACCAUGUACAUGUACCGCCAUGAGAACGUCAGCAUUCUCUUCGCCGACAUCGUGGGCUUCACCCAGCUGUCUUCUGCCUGCAGUGCCCAGGAGCUUGUGAAGCUUCUGAAUGAGCUCUUUGCCCGUUUUGACAAGCUGGCAGCCAAAUACCACCAGCUGCGGAUCAAGAUCCUGGGCGACUGCUACUACUGCAUCUGCGGCCUGCCCGACUACCGGGAGGACCACGCCGUCUGCUCCAUCCUCAUGGGGCUCGCCAUGGUCGAGGCCAUCUCCUAUGUGCGGGAGAAGACCAAGACCGGGGUGGACAUGCGCGUGGGGGUGCACACGGGCACCGUGCUGGGCGGCGUCCUGGGGCAGAAGCGCUGGCAGUACGACGUGUGGUCCACCGACGUCACUGUGGCCAACAAGAUGGAGGCUGGCGGCAUCCCAGGGCGUGUGCACAUCUCCCAGAGCACGAUGGAUUGCCUGAAAGGGGAGUUUGAUGUGGAGCCUGGCGACGGAGGCAGCCGCUGUGAUUACCUGGAUGAGAAGGGCAUCGAAACCUACCUCAUCAUUGCCUCCAAGCCGGAGGUGAAGAAAACAGCUGCCCACAACAGCCUCAACGGCUCGGCCCUGCCAAAUGGGGCGCCGGCUUCCUCAAAGCCCAGCUCUCCUGCCCUCAUCGAGACCAAGGAGCCCAAUGGCAGCGGCCCGGCUGGUGGCUCCGCAUCAGACGAAACUGAGGAGCAGGAGGCCCAGGCCGACAACCCCUCGUUCCCCAACCCCCGCCGCAGGCUGCGCCUCCAGGACCUGGCGGACCGCGUGGUGGACGCGUCUGAGGAUGAGCACGAGCUCAACCAGCUGCUCAACGAGGCGCUGCUGGAGCGCGAGUCGGCGCAGGUAGUGAAGAAGAGAAACACCUUCCUCCUGACCAUGCGCUUCAUGGACCCGGAGAUGGAGACCCGCUACUCGGUGGAGAAGGAGAAGCAGAGCGGGGCCGCCUUCAGCUGCUCCUGCGUGGUCCUGCUGUGCACCGCCCUGGUGGAGAUCCUCAUCGACCCCUGGCUGAUGACCAACUACGUGACGUUUGUGGUUGGGGAGAUUCUGCUCCUCAUCCUGACCAUCUGCUCGCUGGCUGCCAUCUUUCCUCGGGCCUUUCCUAAGAAGCUUGUGGCCUUUUCAACUUGGAUAGACCGGACCCGCUGGGCCAGGAACACUUGGGCCAUGUUAGCCAUCUUUAUCCUGGUCAUGGCCAAUGUCGUGGACAUGCUUAGCUGCCUCCAGUUCUACAUGGGACCCUCCAAUGGGACGGCGGUGAUGGUGCUGGAGGGCGGCUGCCUGGAGAACCCCAAGUAUUACAACUACGUGGCCGUGCUGUCCCUCAUCGCCACCAUCAUGCUGGUGCAGGUCAGCCACAUGGUGAAGCUCACGCUCAUGCUGCUCGUCACUGGGGCGGUGGCCGCCAUCAACCUCUACGCCUGGUGCCCUGUCUUUGAUGAAUACGAUCACAAACGCUUUCAGGAACACGACUUCCCGAUGGUGGCCUUAGAGAAGAUGCAGUUAUCGUCCACCGCCGGGCUCAAUGGCACGGACAGCAGGCUGCCCCUGGUGCCUUCUAAGUACUCCAUGACAGUCAUGAUGGUCAUCAUGAUGCUGAGCUUUUACUACUUUUCCCGCCACGUGGAAAAACUAGCGCGCACACUGUUCUUGUGGAAAAUUGAGGUCCAUGACCAGAAGGAACGUGUCUACGAGAUGCGGCGCUGGAACGAGGCCUUGGUCACCAACAUGUUGCCUGAGCAUGUGGCACGCCAUUUCCUGGGGUCCAAGAAGAGAGACGAGGAGCUGUACAGCCAGUCUUAUGAUGAGAUUGGAGUCAUGUUCGCUUCCCUGCCUAACUUUGCUGACUUCUACACUGAGGAGAGCAUUAACAAUGGUGGCAUUGAAUGUCUGCGAUUCCUCAAUGAGAUCAUUUCUGAUUUUGACUCGCUGCUGGACAAUCCCAAAUUCCGUGUCAUCACCAAGAUCAAAACCAUUGGUAGCACCUACAUGGCGGCUUCAGGAGUCACCCCCGAUGUCAACACCAAUGGCUUUACCAGCUCCAGCAAGGAGGAGAAGUCAGACAAGGAGCGCUGGCAGCACCUGGCCGACCUGGCUGACUUCGCCCUGGCCAUGAAGGACACACUCACCAACAUCAACAACCAGUCCUUCAACAACUUCAUGCUGCGCAUAGGCAUGAACAAAGGCGGGGUGCUGGCUGGAGUCAUUGGAGCUCGGAAGCCCCACUACGACAUCUGGGGCAACACAGUCAACGUGGCCAGCAGGAUGGAGUCCACGGGGGUCAUGGGCAACAUUCAGGUGGUGGAAGAGACGCAGGUCAUCCUCCGAGAGUAUGGCUUUCGCUUUGUGAGGCGAGGCCCCAUCUUUGUGAAAGGGAAGGGGGAGCUGCUGACCUUUUUCCUAAAGGGGAAAGAUAGGCCGGCCGCCUUCCCCAAUGGCUCCUCCGUUACACUGCCCCACCAGGUGGUGGACAACUCCUGACGGGCCGCGGCCCCGUGACGGGCGGGCCACGUGUGGGAGAACUUAGUUCUGGAGGUAAAGUUUUUGGGAAAAGUUAAACGACCAAGUCCCAAUGGUCCCAAGCUGAAGUCCACAUUCCCAUAGACUUUAGGUGUAGAAGUCUCGAGCCUGCCUGUGCGUGGGUGCGGGAGCUCAGAGGGCGGCCGCACGCCCCUGUGCCUGUCGCG